UACUCGCCAUUGUCCGCAUCUGAUUAUUUUCAAGAAGCUUUAUCAAUUAAAGUCGAUACAUUGGGCGAAUUCCGAGUUUACCUUACUCCACCCAAACCAGUCUCAGCAGACUCGCUAUCGCCUUUCAGCAAUGACUACUUGGACGAAGAAGACCGUGGAUCGAUAUCUGGGAAUGGAGUUGUUUUUGUAUUCCAUCAUGGUGCUGGAUAUUGUGGCUUGAGCGCAGCUUGUUUUGCAAAGGAAGUUCGUCAGCAUGGUCGGGGUGAAUUCGGAGUGAUGAGUUUUGAUUGCAGAGGACAUGGAAGCUCUCGUAUCGGUUUGGUACCUACGGAUCCACCAGAUUUAUCUCUUUCAACGCUCGCAGACGAUAUGGUCCGUUUGUUAAAGGUGAUCUAUCCUGAUCGAUCUACGGCCCCGUCUCUAGUGUUGAUUGGACAUAGCAUGGGCGGAAGUAUAGUAACUGAAGCUUGCGCCAGGAUACAAGCCGAAGUAACCCAUGUGAUUGGGCUGGCCAUCCUUGAUGUCGUAGAAGGAUCGGCCAUUGCCUCGCUACCCCACAUGCUAUCCCUAGUCAACCUUCGACCUUCAAGCUUUCAAUCUAAAGCCGACUGUAUAAAAUAUCAUAUUGAAUCCCGCACAAUCCGCAAUGUGACUUCAGCAAGGGUAUCUGUGCCAGGCUUAAUCUCUCAAGCCAGUUCAGCCGGCUCAGAAUCUACUUCUAAAAAGAGUGCCUUAGCACCAGGCCAAUCCCGCGGAGAUGAAUUUACUUGGAUCACCAAUCUGCGCGAAAGCCAGCCAUUUUGGGAAGGAUGGUAUAAGGAUCUUUCGAAAAAAUUCUUGUCUCAAAAGACUGCGCGCUUACUAGUUUUGGCAGGCACCGAUAGGUUAGACAAAGAUCUGAUGAUUGGUCAAAUGCAAGGUAAAUAUCAACUGACAGUGAUGGCUGAUGUGGGUCACUGUGUUCACGAAGACGAUCCCGAGAAACUUGCUGAGGUGGUGAUCACUUUUUGCAAAAGAAAUGAGACAUUCACGAGUGAACAAAUCUUAGCCCGUUUGAAGAAACAGCAGUAG